GGGAAACAUAAAGAGGGCAGUGAGGGGAGGAGAGGGAGCAAAUGAGGCGCAGCACACAGAGAAGCUCAACUCACAUUCUGAUCAACGCUGCAAUCUGAAGCAACAGCUCAUCGCCUGCCAUGAGGAACCGUCCCUUCCCCCUCGUGAUCGUGUGCCUGCUUUCCAUCAGGGGUUUCUGUCCUCUGUCCUCUGCAGGCACAGGAGCGCCUCCCAGGGGCCCCGUCAUCCCCACAGACGACUACGACACAUAUGAGGAGAUAUCCACUCGUCCUAUGACUACAGUUGCUAGAACACUCCAACGGUGCGACUUCCACCUCUGCAAAGAGAAGCAGACCCCCUGCGAGGAGCUCGCUGCCUCUCUCGGCUGCCUGUGCCCGGGUUUCUCUUUGCCCGACAAGGAUCCAGAAAGUCCCACUGUGACCUCAGUGACCUGGAACGGCUCGGCAGUCGUGGUUCGCUGGUGUGCCCCGCCUUCUUACGUCACAUCUUAUGUUGUGACGAUUAAAGGUGGGGAGAAGCAGAUAGUGAAGAAGGACCAAAGGAGCACAACGUUGAACCAGAUCGACCACAAAGCGGAGGUCUGUGUGGUGGCUGUAAACGACGUCGGGGAAAGCGGUCGGUCCUGCAUGGAGUACACGCCGGUGAGCAACAACCUGCCCCUGGCAGCAGGCCUCAUUGGCGGGGCUUUGGGCCUUCUGCUGCUGAUUCUGCUGGUUGUUCUGCUGUGCAGGCGCAGGAGGCAAAAGAAGAAACGGGAGGCCACGCAUAUAUGAGGAGCUCAGCCGAGAAUCAGCAAGCAGACAAAACAAGAAACACAGAGCGACCGCUCACUCAGACAUGAGACUCAUGAAACGCUCCGUUGUUGCUGAAGUUAAUUAACUGCGAGAACGUCUGAGUGUUUGUCUCAAGAAAGCAGGAAACAGGGUUCAUCAACUCCUUAUCAUAUCUAGCUGGUUGUAUUUAUCUCCUCGUUAGUGGUGCAGUUUUUAGAAACGCUUCAUUUAUUCAACUGAAUUAAAGACGCACAAAAAUAACAAUUAUGAUCUGAAGCAGGAAGGAAAUAUUUUUACUGCAGGGUAAAAAUAUGCAGGGCCCAAUUGUCUGACAAUCUGUUAAAACAAGCCAGAAGGAUGAACGCUUGCUCAACUCAGCAAGCUACAUUUCAUACCAACAGUAAAAAUCAUAAGAUUUAUAUUUAUUCCUCAGGACUGGAAAUGCACCUCAACUAAAAUUAAUUAAAAUAUCAAUGAGGACUAAGCUCUGGUAGAAUCAAGAAGAAAUAAUUAUCAGACUAAUUUAUAUUCAGUGGCCACCGAACCACAACAUCCAGCGAAUAUGAACGACUGAUUUACCCGCUGGUUCCCUCCGGAGCCCCAACGUGGGGCUUUUACAGCCUAAAUCUGAGAGAGGAAGAACAAAAACAGAGCAGCUUUGAUUCCUCGGUGUUCAGCGUCAGAACUGAAACCAGAGCUUCGCUGACAAGAGGCUCCUGCAGGUGAAAGGUCAAACGUGAUGCGUUUGUGUACACUGCUUUUCUUUAUUUAACCAGGAAUGUGCCUUAUUGUUCAACGAGAUACAGUUUCUCCUCUGACAAACAGAUAAAUGGCCUUUUGAUAUAAAAGCACUGAUAAAGCACUGAAAAAAUAAACUUGAAUAAAUAUACAUGUAAAAAAAAGAGAAAUUAAAACAGCGAUACUGUUUUGUUUAAGCUGUUUUUUUAAAAAAAUGUUUAAAAUGUUAAGUGACAGUUGAAUUUGUUCUGGAAAGGCAGUUUGGGUUAAUUCUGCACAACAUUGAAAAACAAUAUUUGCAAAGACUGGGAGUUUUUCAACUGAAGAACAUAAGUUACUCUGGACUAACCAUAUUUGAGGGUUAAAAUAAGAUUUGUAAAAUAAAAAUCCAGCUUUGGUUUAGUUUUUAUAGGAUUUUCAUGGCACUCUUCAUAUAUUUAUUUUAAGUGGGUGGAUAGAGAGUGGGAUUAGGGAUUAGAAAACAAGAAUAAAUAAAUUUACUUUGCUCUUUUCUAGAUGUCAUUCUAAAAGCAAGGAUAAAGAAUAAGAUUCUUUCACCAGUUACUGUGUAUGUCUGUAAAUGUCUGUCCAUUAAAUGGAAAUAAAGUGAAACUUUUUCUUGUCUAAAUCUCUUGGAGCAUGUUCUUUUCUAAGUGCUGUAAGAUGGGUGUGUUUUUCCAUAUGUCAUCGUUGGGCCGGAUCAGCUCCAGUCUUUCCUGCUUUU